AGUUGAGAGAUGAUGCUGUAAUAAAACGAUAUCAAAUGGCUUCCGACGAAAUCUCGGGAGCUCCCAAAGUCACCACCGACCAUGAGAACGGCACCUCUCCGUCAAGCGGCGAGAAGAGAAAAAGACAAACAAGUUGGGAUAAUGAACCUGGCACCGACUCACAGCCGUCCCCAAAAAAUGCACGCACAGAUGGUGCGACCUUCUCUGAACCCACUACACCAGCCGCCGCUAACCCCACAAGGACACAGCCCUCUACUCCUCAAUCACAACCUUCGAUUCACCCUACCUCUACCAGUUUAACGGCAGAGCAACGAGAGAGGCUCGAGAAAGCAAAGGCCUUUGCCCGUGAGGCCACACUAAAGAUUUUACAGUCCAAACUGGCCCAAACCCCGCUGGUGAUUCCCAACGCAGCCUCCCUAGCCGCCGGCGUAGAAGCCCGAUCUAUUGCGGUGAUGAGCCGCAUUUACGUAGGCUCGAUCAACUUUGAGCUAACAGAGCAACACAUCAAAGCGGUGUUCAAUCAAUUCGGCUACGUAAAAUCCGUGAGCAUGACCAUUGAUCCAGCUACUGGCAAGCACAAGGGAUUCUGUUUUGUGGAAUACGAGGUACCAGAAGCGGCAGAAUUAGCUUUGGAUCUUAUGAACGGAGCCGAGCUCGGAGGACGCCAACUAAAAGUGGGACGACCGAAUAAUUACAACCCAACUGUUGCCAAAACACUUCCCACACCAAUCCCACAACGCCUCUACAUCGCCAAUGUCAACGAGUUCGUGUCCGAACAGAAUAUCGAAAGCAUUUUCGAAGCAUUCGGAAAAAUCAAAGGAUGUUCGCUGCUUCCAGAUCUAGUACAACGCAAACACAAGGGCAAUGGGUAUAUUGAGUUUGAGGAGGAAACUGCAGCGAUAGCGGCUCUCGCCAGCAUGAACAACUUUGAACUCGGAGGGCAACCCUUGCGUAUGAUGAAGGCCAUGAUUGGCGGGCCACUUCCCCCUGGUAUGAAAAGUUUGGAGACUAUGCCACCGGUUCCUGUGGUCGCUACCGUUCCUGCCAGUGUCCUAAAUGUGGCUCACAACAUCAAUAACACGAUUGCACAGAAAACCGGCGCUGCUGCAGCAGCUAGGCUCAUAAAUCCUGCGCUGCAAAGUGCUCUUGCCAAAGUUCAGGCAAGAGUAAACGAAGAGAACGCCGCUCUAGAGGAAAACAUGUCCAUUAGUGCAAGUCAGCGAUAUUCGAUAAUGCAGAAAUUGAUGAGGAGUGAUGGAAGCCAAGAGGCAUCGUCACCUGUGAUUGCGCUUCGUAAUAUGGUUGUGGUGAAGGAUCUGGAUGAUUCGCUGAACGACGAGAUAUCAGAGGAAUGUACAAAAUAUGGGCGGGUUCUAAAGGUCUUGAUUUGGGUAGAUCCUGUCAAACAGGCAAGCGAUGCCUUGAAGCCAGACGAUAAUGUGGAUAUUUAUGUUCAGUUUGAGGCGCCAGAAGCGGCGAGACAAGCAAGGGCAGCGUUAGAUAAACGCUUUUUUGCUGGACGACGGGUAGCGGCAUCCUUUUUCACGAUGGAGGAAUUUGCUAAAUUGGAUUCGCAGACAAAUGCAACCAUCUGAAUUUCUAUCCGUUUGUUCAUUUCAUCACCAACAUGAAACUGAUGCUAUUUGCAUGUUCGAAACAGUUGAGAAAGGAUGCAACUAAAUUUACAUAACGAAAACUAAACAUGUACAAAUUGGGACUCAGCUAUGCUGGUCUAAAUCUAAAUGAAACUAAUCC